ACUCUCUCGAUCCGACCGCUCACACCUUCCUUGCUCGUUUACUCGAGAAGGAAGCUACAGAAGUUGGGUACGAGUUACUCCUUUGCUCGUCCGGAAAGCCGUCGUCGUUUCUGGACGUGGUAAGGAAGAAAAAAGAGCGUCCACAUCAUGGAGGUCGUCGGCUCUUCGGCGGCUGAUGUGGGCCGUCCUUUGAGCGUGGGCACCAUGGAUGUGGCCCGUGGCGAGGGCGAGAGCGGCCCGGGCGGGUGCGGGACGGCGAGCGCCCCGGGCUCGCUGAAGCGCAAGCGGGACUCGGAGGCCUUGACUGGUGCUCCGGGCGCUGGCGGAAAUGCCGGAGCUGUGGCUCCGGGUACAGAGGGCGAGAGCGAGAGUAAGCGGGCCAAGCUGCUGUAUGGCGGAAUGGCGAGCGCAAGCACGAGCGCGAGCGUCGGCGGGGCUGCGGGUGAUUCUGCAGCGCCGCCGGCGCGUAUGGCGGGACCGGCGUCGACGUCGCUGCUCCCGCGCGGGCCUGGCGGGAGCGCAGCCGGCGGAAGCAUGGUGGGUAUGAGCGGAGCGCCCGGGCGCCCGGCCGGGUUUUCGCCCGAGACCUCUGUGACGCCGUCUGUGGCGCUCGAGUGGGACUCGCCGCAGCGGCCGCGGAGCUCGACGUGGUCGACCGAGGCGGCGUCGCCGCCGCCACCGGGCUCGACGUCGCGGCGGACGCCCGGCUCGCGGGUGGCGGCGCACUACGACUCGGUGGCGGCUGGAGCGACGCUAGCGGCUCGCCAGUCGUCGCCACUCAUUGCGCUGCGGGCGGUGAACAACUUUAUGAAGGCCAACCUGCUGGGCGACUUUUGUCGCAAGCCAGGCUUCCGGGUCCUGGACAUGGCGUGCGGCAAGGGUGGCGACCUGUUCAAGUGGGCCAAGCUCGGUGUGCGCGAGUGGGUCGGCGUCGACAUUGCGCGCGGCGCCGUGAACGAGGCAGUCUCGCGGUAUAACGGGAUGAAGGAGCGCCGGUUUGUGGCGCGGUUUGUGGCUGCUGACGCGACCCGGGUCCCGAUCUGGAAGCAUAUCGGACCUGUGGCCACCGGCGGGGCAGGCUUUGACCUGGCCUCGUGCCAGUUUGCGCUGCACUACGGAUGUGGCUCGGAGGCGCACGCGCGCAUGAUGCUUUGGAACAUUGCCGCCUUUCUCAAGCCGGGCGCCCACUUUGUUGCCACAACCGUCGACGAGGCUGCGCUUCGGUCGCGGCUCGCAAAGUCGCCCGACAAAAUGACUCUCAGCAACGAGCACUUUUCGCUCCGCAUGCACGCGCCGCUGCCCGCCUCGGACAAGGACCUCGACUUUGGCCUCGGUUACGACUUUGCCCUCGGCGACCUGGUCGACUGCCCCGAGUUUGUUGUUCCCACCGCCAAGCUGCAGGCCGUUGCUGCUGAGUUUGACCUCCAGCUCGUCUUCUCGGCCAACUUUUCCAAGAUGUACGACAAGUACAAGAUGAAGGCCAAGUACAACCGCAUGCUGCCCGCCCAUGCCUCGCAGGCCGAGUGGGACAUCAUCUCGCUCUACAAGAUCAUGGUCUUCGCCAAGCGGACCGGCAACCACAUCCUCGACCAGCCGGUCAAGGCCAUGUACCCGCCGCUCAACAUCGACACUGCUGUCACUGUGCUUGGCGACGACUGA